AUGUCUCGUCCCCAGGUCAGCAUUGACCGUCUCACGCCCCGCCGUGCGACGGUCGAGCCGCGAGAAAGCAUGAACUGCAAGUCAUGUCGCAAACGAAAGAUCAAAUGCAAUCGUUUGCGACCGAGCUGCGAGGCAUGUAAAAUCUUCCAGUCUCCAUGUGUUUACGAUGCUGUUCCCAAGAAACGGGGUCCCAAGACCGACGUGCUAGAAGCCCUACUCAAACGAGUGGACGGCCUAGAAAAGCGACUACAUGACGAAAAGAAGCCUAACUCGCCCACUUCUCCCGAUACCCCGGACGAGUCAUCGAGCUUUCCUACCCGGCGCAACACUAUUGAUACCUCGUUCAACAUAUACCCUUCAAAUCAGAGACCUACGCUGUCAAAUAUUCCAUCGCAACAGGCAGAUCACUCCGCUAGACCGACUGACCAUCCACCAAGCAUUCUGCAGCGGCCUUCUCCGAUACAGCCUGUAGCUCUAUCCGAUUCGAUUCUCGAGAUUUAUUUUGCGCGCUUGCACGGUAAGCCGUUCCAUAUACUCGAUGAGGCUACAACACGACAGCGCCAUCAACUAGGGCAGUUGCCUCCUUGUUUGGCUAUGGCCAUUUCAGCGGUAGCCAUAAGAUACACGUCAUCCCCUGGUCCAGCGGAACAAUCAAUGCGUGCGGGAGUCGAUGCGGCGCUGCAGGCAAGGCGCAUGGUCGAUGUCGACAAUCCCACACUAGAAGGGCUGCAGACUGUGCUAUUACUUUCGCAGGCUUUCUACGCCUACGGGCUUAGCAAGAAAGCCUAUAUGACAUUCUCAAAUUGUGUGGCCAUGAUCGUUGCGUUAGAUCUAUACCGCGAGGCUGCCUCCAAAAUCAACAUUGCGCCAGCGGAGCGCGAAAUGAGGCGGCGACUAUUCUGGUCUGUCUACCUUAUGGAUCGAUUCAUAAAUUGCGGAUCGCGGCGCCCAUGUCUCAUCUCUGAUCACUCGGUGGUUCUGCGCCUACCGUCUUGGUCACCACAUGCAGCUGGUCUGGACAUGGAAGGGGAGCUUUUCCACGUUGGGCCAAACAUUCAAUUCUCCGCAGAUUCUCGCCGCAAAUCACCGAGCGCUACUUCCUUGCUAAUCGACGUCACCCGGAUUCUCGGUGUCACUAAUAAAUACCUAGCGGCUGGCGGGGUCAAGGGUGACUCCCAUUUCCCGUGGCAUGCGCUUUCUAAUCUUUCCAAGAUCCGACAGGAGCUGGAUAUAUGGGCGGCCGGUACGCAGGACGUCUUUGCGUCUAUUGACGCGUUGUUCGGCCACCCUGAAAGUACAACACUCUUGCUGAGCAAGUUGAUAUACCAUCUGGUGCAUUGUUUGAUUUACCGUCCGUUUUUGCCAAUCGACUUGGUAGAAUUGCGAGGGACUGGACAGCAUCAGUCCUGGCAGAUUGAGGCCACAAACUUGUGCUUUUCACACGCCAACGCUAUAGCAGAGUUGGUUGAAUUGGGUCGUAACUCUCCGUUGAUCGAGUGGCCUGCUUUCGUCUGCUACUGUGUGUGCACUGCGGGUACUGUUCACGUCCAUGGAGUACACUAUAAAGGCCGUGAAGGAGAGGUCUUCUCUUCCAGCGCUGACUUCCUAACUCGGGAAAUGCAUCAGCUUGCUUGGCUGCGCAAUAUCUGGACCGGGGUACAGCAUCAGCGUGAGCUGCUCCAGACAAUCUAUACAUGUCACUCUGAAUUAGUGCGCAACCUGGCUAGCAGCCCAAUGCGUUUCUCGCCAGUCUUCCACCUCGAAGACUUCCUCGAUAGGUAUCCCGGUUUGACGCUGGAUGCAUCGCACGUUCGGCUACUAGAUACGGGAGAUGACCUUACUCCGGGCCCCACGAACUUCAUCGACCGUCAAGAUGCAUACUACCAGCGACCAACCAUCACCUCCUCAUAUCAACCUUCAUAUUUCUCAGCCGCACGGCCAGGGCUCUCAACUCCCCUGCCAUCCACCCAGAGCCCAGACAGGCGUCGGAACUCCCACGUCCAUCACAAAUCAAUAUCCCAAAGCUCCUCCCACCAAGUCCCACUCUCGCCCGGCCUCCAAAUGCACACAAUCCCCGGCCCUCACCACCAACAAUCACCCUCCCUCCCCUCCAUCCUGUCCCUCCCAGCAGGCACAGACCUCUCUUUCCAUACCGGCUUCUCCCCCUCCGCCUUCGCCCUCUCCCCACCAGCCUUCCACACGGAAGCAUCUCUAAACAUAGCCCCAACACCCCCCCUCAAAUCCCCAAUACGCAAUCUUCCCCUUCGAUGCCGCGCCCAGUCGCAGACCAGUGGCACCCACACGACAGCCGGUAGUGAGGGCGGCUCUUUAGAGAAAGACCCGUUCCUGAGCUUGCUGGAACAGCUCGCGGAGAACGAGAACUCGCAAGGUGGGCCUAGUGAGCUGGAUUUCUUCUUGACGGCGACUGGGACUGUUGAGGGGGAUUCGGAGAUUCCGAUUGAGAAAGAUGGGGAUGUGUAG